AUGGAAGAUGUCUUGGAGGAACUUCUACAGGAAGAAAUACUGGAUGAAACUGAUCAGCAUGUUGAAAUCCACAACAAAAUUAGAGUCAAGUUUCUAUCUUCAACAAGAUCAUCAUCUGCUUCUAAUGGACUGGCUUCAGUCUCGCAACUUUAUUGGAGUACUCCUGCAACGUCUCCUUCUUCAUACUAUCAUACUCCCAUAAUCAGCUCACCGAUCCCUUCUUAUAUUCCGUCCCCAUAUACUCAAAAACUGUAUUCUUCUCCCGCAAAGCCAAGUUUGAGUUUUUCAAGAUCUAUAGGUUCUAUUCGCAGCUCAUUACCAUCUCAUCAGGUAUAUAUUUACAACAGAAGAUAA